AUGGCUGCUGCAGCGGGAGGGGGAAAGCCGCACCUGCACCUGCGCCGGGGCCGAGGGUCGGAGACCGGGAGGCUGCGUCCUGCCGGCGGCGGGCCGGGGAUGGGGGAUCCGGGCUCCCCGAACCUGGGGGAGCCUGCAGGGAGCCGGGGAAGGACUCGGGAGUCUCAGUUUCCGCAGGCUGCGGCCUCGGCUCCGCCCCCGGGGCGGGGACAGAGGGUCCCCCCACCCUACUGGGACUCUGGGCUCCCGGCGCCUCCUCCGGGCAGUCUAGAGGCGACGGACCCGGGAAGGUGGCGCCACCGUCUCCCCUCCCCGCAGCCCCGAUACACACACAUCAGCGUACUAGGGUUCCCGCCCCUCCCGCGAGGUGACGGAGGGGUCCCCACCCCAGCCGGGAGCGCCCGGAGCCGCUGUCCCCGCUCCAGCACAGAGGGCGCCGCGCUCGCGUCCCUGCGGAGCCACCGCAGAGUGCGCUACCCAAGAGGGCCCAGCGCCCAAGAGGGCGACACAGACGGCGGAGCUUCAGACACAAGCACGCCUGACGCAGCGCCACAGUCAGCCACAAGCGCCGGACCGGCAUCCCUCUCCGCAAGGAAGCCUUGUAGCGGGACGUCUGGAAGACAGAGCGCGCAGCUCUGUGCUCUUCCUCUCCUCUCUGUGGCUCAUUCAUCUGCCGCCGCGGUACGCCGUUGCCAUGGAGACGUGAUGCAGGCGGGCGGGAGGGAGGCCCCGGGUGACGUCUGCGCUCCUCACAGCUUGUCUCCCGCGGCUUCCCAGUUCUUGCCUAUUUUGGAAGAGAGCCGCAGCCCUUCUGCUGAUGCGCGCGCUCUGGCGCCUUUUAAAGGCAACCGGCGGAGUGGCGGCUCCUCCAGAGCCCGGGAGCUGCCCCCGCCCCCAGCCGCGAGCCCCAACCCGGGCUGGGGCCCGGGAAACCCCUGGGCCACAUGCCCCUCCACUUUAGCGCCCUCCACUCCUAUGGAGAAAAUUCCCCGUGGAGAAAGGAGGUCCUGCCCUAACCCCUCGACCCUUGUCUCCCCCUCCCCCUAA